GGUCCUACCUAUCUGUUAAUCGGUAUCUCUGUUGGGGUGGCGGAGGCAAAUUAGACCAGCAAACGUAUUGGAAGACUGACAUCGUGUUCACAGUAAAGCCCACCGCAGAUUAUUUGGUUACAGUAAGCUGUGAUUAACUUGAUUUUCCCAGACAAUGCUUGUGGAGAGCAAAAAAAGCCGAGAUGGUAGUCGCACUUCGAGCCGUUCCCUCGAUACCAAAACACAUUGCGUGUGCUCUACUAGCAAACAAAACUCUGUCAGACCAGCAAAUACUCUGCUGCGAUCGCGGGCAAGGCACACGUUGAUUUGGCUUGUCUUUUACGUGUGGGAGUGGAAUACCACCACGACGGCAUUUGCACCCUCACCUUCUCGAAUUGCAGCUUUUCGAGCGUCGCGUGGUCGCAAGCUAACCACAUCAGUAUCGAGUCUAGUUAGCGGUGACAAACGUGACUGCGCGUCCCCAGCAGACGAUCUGGUGGACGUGGCAAUUAUCGGCGCAGGUCUGGGUGGACUGUGCGCGGGCGCUAUUCUUAAUACGCUCUACGGUAAGAAGGUGGGUAUCUACGAGGCACAUUACUUGGCCGGAGGCUGUGCACACGCCUUUGAUCGGCGCGCCGCCGACGGUGUAAAUUUCACCUUUGAUUCCGGCCCGACCAUUCUGUUGGGAUGCUCAAGUCCACCCUUUAAUGCCUUACAGCAAGUCUUGGACGCUGUGGGUCAAAAGAAUCCAGGAAAGGACAAUGAAUUGCGGUGGAAAGUCAUACUGGGACGGGAUGAGUUUCAGCGCGGUCCACUCACACGGUUUGGGGGACCCAAAGCCUUGGAGGAGUUCGAAGCGCUACGAGAAGCAACCAAGGAUCUUUUGGCUGGCGCCAAAAUACCUGCCAUGGCUAUGCGUCCCGGUCCAAGUGCCCUGGUACCACUCAUCCGGUAUUUUUCGACACUGGUUACCUUGCUUUCCCAGGGAUCAAAGGCAACGGGAACGUUUGCGUCAUUUAUUGACGGGCCCAAUUUCACUGUAACGGAUCCGUGGCUGCGAUCGUGGCUGGAUGCUCUCGCCUUUUCCUUAUCCGGGCUACCCGCUAGUCGAACCGCAGCCGCCGCCAUGGCGUUUACACUCAGUGACAUGCACCGCCCCGGUGCAGCGUUGGACUAUCCCAAGGGCGGUAUGGGAGCAAUCGCUGAGGCCCUUGUCAGGGGAGUACAGCAAGGUUCGAACGGUUCUCAGGUACACUUGCGGCAACCUGUGGAAAAAAUUGACUUUAGUGAGGACGGUACCAUCGCUACGGGGCUGACGCUACGCAACGGAAGACGGAUACUUGCUCGGGAAGGGGUGAUAUGCAAUGCACCAGUUUGGUCCCUGAAGAGCUUACGUCCAACUCGAUCCGGAGAAGCGGACGAGACUCUCUUGGGUGCCUGCGAUACGGCAGAAAAGACCGGCUCCUUUUUGCAUCUGCAUUUGGCGCUGGAAUCUAGUGGCCUGAACUUGGACAACUUGGAAGCUCACUACACUGUGAUGGACCGAUCGUUAGGAGGGGAUGGGUCCUCCGUAAAUGGAGUCUUGGACGGACCCUGCGGAAUACUUAACAUGAUUGCCGUCUCGAAUCCCUGCAAGAUUGACAAUAGUCUAGCUCCCGACGGAACCAUUGUGGUACACGCUUACAGCGCCGGCAACGAACCUUACGAAAUUUGGGAGGGACUAGAUCGAAGAAGUGACGGGUAUAUGUGCCUUAAGGAAGACCGAGCUGAAGUGCUAUGGCGCGCUGUGGAGAGUAUUAUUCCUGAUGCGCGCAAUCGUGUCGUGAUUAGUGAGAUUGGAUCUCCUAUCACGCACGAGCGUUUCUUGAACCGACCUAGAGGAACAUAUGGUAGUGCCACUGAAGACUACCUUGCGGACGGUAGUACAUCGAUCGGGAAUUUGCUUUUGGCUGGCGACGGGAUUUUCCCCGGUAUCGGUUUGCCCGCAGUGGCGAUCAGCGGGGCCAGCGCAGCGAAUGCAAUGGUGAGCGUAUUUAAACAGUGGGAAUGUCUAGACGAGUUGGGCAAAAGCCAAAAGCUAUAGCUUGAGAAAAUAGGCAGGAAGAUUGUUAAAUUUAGAACAUUGCUUUGGAAAGUG